AACUUCUUAAGCUUCCGACCGGCAAACUGGAACCUAUAAAUUCUCCAGAAGCACCAGUCUCUUCUCUUCCUUUGGCAGUGGACGGACUUUGGCACAUAGCAGUACUGCGCGCUCCUUCUCUGUCCCUCGCGCGCGCAAAACCCUAGGUCUUGCGAAUCAGAAUGUCCGGAGAAGAGGAAGAAAAUGCCGCUGAGCUCAAAAUCGGGGACGAGUUUUUGAAGGCAAAAUGUCUGAUGAACUGUGAAGUAUCCUUAAUUCUCGAACACAAGUAUGAGCAGCUUCGGCAGAUGUCAGAGGAUCCACUUAAUCAAGUUUCCCAGGUCUUUGAGAAGUCAUUGCAGUAUGUGAAACGCUUCAGUCGCUAUAAAAAUCCCGAUGCUGUCAGACAAGUGCGAGAAAUCCUCAGUAGAUAUCACCUGACUGAGUUCGAGCUUUGUGUUCUUGGCAAUCUUUGCCCUGAGACUGUGGAAGAAGCAAUUGCUAUGGUGCCAUCAAUGAAGACCAAAGGUCGGGGUCUCGAUGAGGAGGCAAUUGAGAAAAUGCUGAAUGACCUCUCACUUAUCAAGACAUUUGAAUAGUGUGUUUGAGAUAUUUAAGAAAGUUCGACGUGCAUAAACAUUGAAUUUAAACCACUUAGAGGGUUCAAAUAUUCAUGCCAUGUAUGAGCUAAAGAUCUUCCUACUGUAGUCCUGUCUGGAUGCUUUGAUGGCAUCUCAUCCUCUUUAAUGGAUGUGCGUUUGUUCCAUCAUUGUUGUUA